AUGAUAAACAAGACCCGUGAAACUAAACUCAGGGACGAUUUUGGUGUGAAUUUUCUGGGUUCUUUGUCACAUAAACCUAAACUGUCGUUCAGUUCUACUAAAAAUAUUGGCGGCAAUGGGAACGAUCGGUUUAUUCCUAAAACCACAUCCAAAAAGAGUUAUUACUCGUCUUCACAAUUGCAAAAUUUUCUGACUAGUCUUGAACAAUUGGUUGAUCCGCUGUUGCAAUCCAGAAGCCCAUCUCCUGAAUUCUUCAUGGGCCAUGACUUGCCCGUGAACACCUUAUUGACACAAGAAAUAUCUUCUAUCCUAGAUUCAGGUGAGAAGAAGAGUAAGAAAAAAGUAUCCAGGCAUACCAAACAGCAUAGGAAAUAUAUGGCUGAUGCACUAGGGUUCCCAGAUUACAAUAGGGUUCUCCAAUUUUCUCACAUGAUACCAUCGUUGACUAUUCCAUCGUUAUCUGUGGAUCCAUUAAUUUCAAUUCUACCACCACCAGAAGCGCUGAAAUAUGCAAACGCUCAGUUAUCGUCAUGGCUCAAUAACAAAGAUGUUGAGAAACAGAGAAUCAGCAAGAGAGCAGAAUCAAGGGUCCCAUUUAGAGUCCUUGAGGCCCCACAUUUGCGGAAAGAUUUUUAUUCCAAUCUUGUGGAUUGGUCUCAUGCCACUAAUAAUGUCGCUGUUGCCCUUGAUACGGCUGUAUUUCUAUGGUCAGAUCAAGUAGGUGCCAUCCACGUUCUCAGAAGAGAUUAUCUUGAAAAGACCUCAGACACUGUUCAAUGCAUUUCCUUUAGCUCCAAAGAUUUUUUACUCGUCGGAACCAAGCGGGGCAAGAUCUUCAUAUUUAGUCAGGAAAGUGUGGAGAACAACAUAGGCAGCGGACCUCCAAAGCCUUUGAUUGAAAUUACAGUGAAAUGUCAUAGUGGAAUAUGCUGCUGCCAAUGGUUCAAAGAUGGGAAUCAAUUUAUUGUAGGUACAGAAGUUGGUGUCGUAUACAAGUUUAAUAUCAAGACCGAACUUAUAGUCAUUGCACGAUCAUUGAGGCGAACAGAUACUUUGCGAGCCAAGAUCAAUGGAACUUCAGCGGAACUGAACUCUGAGAAAGUGAUACAAACCCAUAAAAUAGGAGAAUCGUGGUCUUUACACGUACAUUCACAACAAAUAUGUGGUAUCAAAAUUUGUGAAGAAACUAAUCAAAUAGCCUUAGGAGGCAAUGACAAUUGUUGUACCAUAUGCAAAUAUAACGAAAAUGAUCUCGAUGAGGAACCUGAAUUACAGUUUAAAUUAAAGCACGCCUCUGCUGUGAAAGCUAUGGCCUUUUGUCCUUGGUCGAAAGCGUUAUUUGUUACCGGAGGAGGAAGUUACGAUAGACAUCUAAGGUUUUGGCAUUCGAAAAGCGGAACAUUGCUCAGAGAAUUCAAGACACCAGGCCAAAUAACGUCCAUAAUAUGGUCCAAAGGACAAAAACAACUAUUGGUGACAUUCGGAUUCACCAAUCAAGAACUUCCAGUUUUCAUCAUAAUGUACAGCUAUCCCUCCAUGGAAGAGAUAAUACGAAUCAAACAACCAACCCAAUUACGUGCAUUGACUGCAGCAACUUCACCUGAUGCUAAAAAGAUUUGUGUAGCUUCAGAUGAUGAGACUGUCAGAUUUUAUUCUAUUUGGGAGAAUACAUGCGAAGAUAUGAGAGAAACUCCGUCUAACGGCAUAUACGGUUCAGAGAUCAUUGAGCAUGAAGAAGGAAUAAGCUUAAACUGCAUGCUUAGAUAG